CCGCCCCGGCCCGCCCUCGGCCCGGGGCUGCGGCGGGCAGCCCAGAGCCGCCGGGCCCGGGACGGCGGCCCCGCGCUGGGGCUCGGCUGCAGCCCAGACGCCCGGUCGGCGAGGUUGAUGGUCCCCUGGUCAGCGGCAUCCUGGGGAGAAGAUGGCUCAGCCUGCAUCCCUGAACCAGAACCUCCCAGAUCUCGGGGGCCCAUUCUUGUACCGGGACCAGGACGAUGGGGAGAAGAGCUCAUAUUCAGUGGAAACACCCUAUGGCUUCCUCCUGGACCUGGAUUUCCUGAAAUACGUGGAUGACAUCAAAAGCGGCCAAAUGCUCAAGAAAGUGCCACUGCCUCGCAGAGCAAAGGGGGCCCGGACACCACCUGGUGCCCUGUGCAGCCCCAGCAGCCAUGCCAGUGCCUGGACCUCCACCGAGUCCCUCACUUCCACAGCCAGUGAGGGCAGGCCCAUGCUGCUGCUGUCCCCACACAGCCAGGCAACCCUGGAGCCCUCAAGCAAGCCAACCUCCCACCCCGUCUCGCCGCCGCCACCACCGGUGCGGCUGCUCCCACCUCCCACCCGCAGGUGCCUCAUGCAAAACCCGCGGGUGGAGAAGACCUUGGUGGAGACAAGCAGGAGGCUGGAGCAGGAGCAGGGCCGUUUGCAGGAUAUCGGUGGUCCCUCCUGCGGUGGCCCGUCAGGCGCCCCAAGUCAGCUGCCACCCUGGGUGCCAGUGGGCACCGAGGGCCAGGUGAGCUGGGGCCAGGUGAGUCCCGGUAGCUCAGAGCGCAGCACGCCAGCGGCAGGGCUCAGCUCUGCCCUGCUGUAGCACGUGCGGGAGCAGAUGGCCGCAGCCCUGCGGCAGCUCCAGGACCUGGAGGAGCAGGUGAAAACCAUCCCCCUCCUGGAGACACAGAUCUGCGAGCUGAAGAGGGAGAAGGCAAAGCUGUUGGAAAAGCUGUCAGCGGAGCCCAGCGAGGCUCUCAGCCACCCCCCUGUCUCUGAGGUGGGGGGGGCCGAGGAGCUGCCCCGAGCGGGGCCUGAGAGCGAAGCGGAGCUGGCAAAGGGGCGAGUGAGCAAGAUCGCAGAGCUGAGGAAGCUGACGGAGAAGCUGGCCAUGCUGGAGCGGGGCAGCAGGGCUUGGCCGGGCAGGAGCCCCAGGGCUGCCAAGAGGCCAUGCCACUCCGUGGCAGUGGGCGAGGACCGAGCCAUGACAGACGCCGUCUUCUACUACCAGUUGCAGGAGGGUGGUGACGUGCCAGAUGGCAGGGUGAGGGAGUGCAGGGAUGUGGCUGUCUGGGUGCUGGAGUCCUCACUGGGGCUGGCCAGUGAGGCAGAACAGGAGCUGGAGCUGCUGCAGCAGACAGUGGGGCACCAGAAGGAGGUGAUCGCCCUGAUGGAGGGGCACCUGCGGGAGGCCACGGGAGAGCUGGAGGAGCUGUGGCUGGAGGUGUGCGCCCGCCGGCCCUGUGGGUGGGCAGACAAGGAGGUGACAGCCAAGCCGCAGGUGGCCGAGGCGCUGGUGGAGGCGGUGAUGGUGACACAGAGCCAGGCACCCAGCAACCCCCCGGAGACGGCAGAGGCAGGCGUGGAGUGCUGCCUGCUGACCACCUGUGUUGGGAUGAGCUGCCGCCCCAACAUGCAGGACGUGGCAGUUGGCCCCGAUUUGGCCGCCAGGUGUGAAGACAAGGGCAGCCAGACUGACGUGGGCAGCGCUGUCCCGGUGGGCGAGGAGACAGAGCCUGGCGAUGCCCCAAGCAGCCCCUCAGUGCAGGGUGCAGGAGCAGUGGGGGGAAUGUGCCAGGGCAGCCCAGCAGCUGCACCAGAGACAAUGCACAGUGGCCAAGACCCAUCCCUGGCGCAGGAUGGCAGAGCUACCCCAAGCCCUGCAGCCAGAGCCCUGAAGUCCAUCAUGAAGAAGCAGGAUGGUCCCCCCCAGAGCGAGGCCGAGGGCAGCAAGAAGAGCCUGCAGUUUGUGGGCAUGCUGAAUGGGGAGUAUGAGAGCACGACCAGCGAGGAGGAGGAGGAAGAAGAUAGCUCCUCAGAGAAGGCUUCAGCCGACAGCUCUGACAAUGAGGAGCAGGGGGACACUGACACCUCGGAUGAGGCCAGGGAAGGCAAGCACAAGGGGGCCAGCGUGACCCUGCCAGAGCCCCCCAAGGUGAAGGAGAAGUUUGAGCUGAGCCCCAGGAUGCGGGAGGCCUGCCUCAUCAUCAAGACCCACCUGGGCCACCCUGGUGCCACCAAGAGCAAUGAGGUGCUUGCCAGCAGCAGUCUGGUCCUGCAGGAGUGGUUCUGUCUGUCCAGCCAGAAGUCAUCUGUCCCCGACACAGUUGCCAACCACCUCCUAGCCUUUGCUGAGGUCUCACCGGCUCUCCUGGCCCACGUGGUGAACCUGGCAGAUGGGAACGGCAACACAGCCCUGCACUACAGCAUCUCCCACUCCAACUUCCACAUUGUACAGCUGCUGCUGGACACUGGGGUCUGUAAUGUGGAUCACCAGAACAAAGCUAGCUACACAGCUCUCAUGCUGGCAGCUGUGGAGCAGGAAGAUGACAUGAACAUGGUCAGGAGGCUCUUCAGCAUGGGCAAUGUCAACACCAAGGCCAGCCAGGCUGGCCAGACGGCGCUGAUGCUGGCCGUCAGCCACGGCCGACAGGAGAUGGCAGAAGCCCUGCUCGCCUGCGGAGCCGACGUGAACCUGCAGGAUGAGGAGGGCUCAACUGCACUGAUGUGCGCCUGUGAGCAUGGCCGCAUAGAGACAGUGAAGCUGCUGCUGGCUCAGCCCACCUGCAACAUCUCCAUCGUGGACAGCGAUGGUAACAAUGCCAUCGCCAUUGCACUGGAGGCUGGCCACAGCAACAUCGCUGUGCUCCUCUACACCCACCUCAAUGGCACAAAGGCGCAGAUGCCUCAGGGGACAUCACCGACAGCCAGGAAGAGCCCUGGGAGCCCAAAGAAACCAAAUUAGGGUGACCUUCAGAUCCAACCAGGAGCCAGCCAGCCACCAUCAGCGCUCAGCUGUAGUUUAUGUACCCUCUCCUGAUGCUCCUCUGUGUGCCAAAACGCUCUCUGCGGCUGCAGAUGCUUUAAUUCUCCUGUCGCUAGAGCAGGCGCUGUCCCUGGGCCUUACUCACCCAUCUCCACUGCUGGAAGCAGCCCACACGCAGCCACCUCACUCCCCCAAGUGACAGAGGAGCCAAGCUCAAGUGACCUUGGGGUGGGAAGCGCAGUGAGCAGAAGCCAGGCCCAUCCCCUCUGCUCCCUACCACGACCACUGGAGCUGCACUGCCUCAGAGCCUUCUGCAAGCCGCUAACUCAUUGGAACAGCAGAAAAUAAACCCAGCAGACAUAGCCACUGGUUUCUGCACUCUCAGCCAGCUCCCAGCAGUGGAGCCAGUGAUGGGGAGCAGGGCUGCAGGAGGGCAAGCAUCAGCUCCUGGACCCUGCUGUGCUGCAUGGUGCCAGUGUGGAAGCUGGUGCUCAGCAGGCGAGUCCUGCACAGCAGUGGGAGAGGGAGGACAAACCAGCUGGUUAAUGCUGCCUCAGACACAGGCUGGGAGCACUUGCAGACUGAAAUAUUUGCCCUUCCUUUGUGGAAUUUCCUUUCCUGGCUAAAAUCUGUAUUUUUUUUUCUAGCACAUGCACACAAAGCAAAAAUAAAAUUGUAUUGCUUAUUCAAAGGA